AAACCCUCUCUCCCUUUCUUCUUCUUCUUCCGUGCCUCACUUGCUGGUUUUGAUAUUACUGCUAAGUUCCUCACUUUAUCAAGGCAGUAAUCUUCAACUCCUAAUUUUACUUGCUGCUUCUGUAAUAGACUUGGUUUAGUGAAACCUUUGCUAACAGUUGGUGCUUUGAAAUAUCAUGUCAGAGACUGGUGAUUUAUAUCUAGAGCUGGCCGAAGAUGAUCCCUUUUAUCAACAUAAAAAGACGCUCUUGAGUUGCAAAGGUUUAGGCGUAAAGGAAACAUUGAACCUCAGGGGAUCAUUAACUGAACAGCUGUUGAAUGCUGCAUUGGAAAAGUUGCUUCUGUUUGGAAGAAUAGCGAACCUCGAUAAGGUGGAAGUUUACUUUGGUGAGGAUGCUUGCACUCCAGCAGGAAUUUACAGUAUUAGAAACGAAAUCUCAGCUCUUAGCUGGAUCCUUUCGCUCAUACCAGUUUCUUGUAAUAUACAAACACAUGCUGUUACCUUGGAAGCUCUACGAGCCGCUGUAAAAGGUAGAAUCAGUGAGGUUGUUGGAGCGGAAAAGGAGAAAGCUAGGAUUGUUGAUAGCUAUAGAUGUGACAAGGAAAGCAGAUUAGUAGAAUGGGGUCAGGACAAUGGAGUCAAAACCAAACUACAGAUAGCUCAUAUUGAUGGCUAUGGACGAGGAGCUAUAGCUAGUGAAGACUUGAAAUUUGGCGAUGUUGCUUUAGAGAUUCCUAUCUCAAGUAUCAUUUCUGAGGAGUAUGUGUACAACUCUGACAUGUACUCUAUAUUGGAGAAAAUUGAUGGGAUUACAUCUGAGACAAUGCUGCUCUUAUGGACCAUGAGGGAGAAGCAUAACCAGGACUCGAAAUUCAAACCAUACUUCGACUCGCUGCAGGAGAAUUUUUGUACCGGUUUGAGUUUCGGAGUUGAUGCAAUCAUGGAGCUUGAUGGUACAUUGCUUUUAGAUGAAAUAAUGCAAGCUAAAGAGCUUUUGCGUGAGAGGUAUGAUGAAUUGGUUCCUGUUUUAUCGAACCACCGGCAUGUAUUCCCACCUGAACUCUAUACAUGGGAACAUUACUUAUGGGCAUGUGAGUUGUAUUACUCAAAUAGCAUGCAAAUCAAGUUCCCUGAUGGAAAGCUGAAGACUUGUUUGAUUCCUGUCGCUGGUUUUCUCAACCAUUCUGUAUACCCACACAUAGUGAAAUAUGGAAAAGUAGACACUGAGACGAGUUCCUUGAAGUUCCCAGUCUCAAGGCCUUGCAACAAAGGGGAACAAUGUUUUCUUAGCUAUGGAAACUACUCGAGUUCCCAUCUGUUAACAUUUUACGGAUUUUUACCAAAAGGCGAUAACCCAUAUGAUGUCAUUCCCUUAGAUUUUGAUGUCAUUGAUGAUGAAGACAUCGAGACUGAUUUUUCUUCUUGGACAACUCACAUGUUACGUGGGACUUGGCUAUCGAGUAAUCAUGACAUCUUCCACUACGGCUUACCUACUCCAUUGUUGAACUACUUGCGGAGAGCUCAUGGUCUUGUUCAUCAUUCUGAAACAGAUCUAUGGAAUAACUUGGAAGUUGAGAUGGAAGUACUCGGAACUCUCAGAUCCACGUUCGACGACAUGUUGCAAAACCUUGGCGAUGCGGAUUCUAUCGACAGGGAAAACGCUGAUCAGGAUGUUAAAAUGGCGAUGGAGUUCAAAGAGCAGCAGAGAAAGAUUGUCUCUUCCAUUCUUGAUUCAUGUUCUGCAGGUAUCAAACUGGUUCAAGACUUCAUAACUAAACCAGAGGUCUAAUAAGUUGUUUGUUCUACAUGUAUCAUCAAACUGGUUGAAAGAAAAGACUAAAGUUGUUGUAAUAUACUAAUAUGUAGUUCUCAACAUUUUAGAUGAUCAAAAAUUCACAAGGGACAUUCCUCUUUUUGCUUUA